AUGUCUAGGGCCUGCGACCGCUGCUCGAAGCUAAAAACCCAGUGCAACUAUGAAGACCCCUGUGCGCGGUGCACUCGGCUGAACUUGCAAUGCAAAAGAGAACGGCCGCUGCGAAGCAGGGGCCGGCCGAGAAAGCAAUCCUCUCGUGUCCUUUAUCCGUCCCCCCUUGCUACGACCCCCAGUGAAAGGGCCGCUUCUCCUAGCCUCCCAUCGCUGGCGACCGAUCACGACCCAUCUUGCAUAGAUUCCCCACAACCCCAGACCAGCUCGCCGGCAACGGCCACGGUGGUACCCUCAGCCAGGCGGCCAAGGCCGGCAGACUCGUCAAGUGGGUUCGUCAACUGUCUGACCCUGGUCGAAAACCUCCCUAAUUUGCCCAUCGAUGCUCUGUCCGCGGCUGAUCUCCUGCAUCAGCUGCUUUCACAAUCGGGCGAGCUGGGACUAUACGGCAUCUUACCCCAGAAUUGCCACAUUACCCACUCGUUCAGAGAGUCGCUUGGCAUCGAGCUUUUGUACGCGCUGCUUGCCAUAUCGCUUGAGCUCCUGCCGUAUAACGAUGGGGUGGACUACGAAAAUGAGCGCGCGUUAGCCAAGGAUACUCUUCGCAUGAGUGCCUUGGCAUUGACACCGAACCUGUCGUGGAAAAGCCGUCAGGUCAAGCUCUGUAAUUCUCUCUGUCUGUUAUUUCUCAGUUACACAUAUUGUCUAAGUAGUGAGUUUGUAGAGAUUGCAAUACGCUGGAACCAUCUUGCGUGGGUCAUUUUCAAUGACCAGGUCCGGGGCAGGGACUGCACAUCAGCCGAACAUGAGGUGGAGAGGCGCACCGCAAUGGGCUUAUCUUUUCAAGACAGUAUCCUUGCCUUACUACAUCAUGAACGCCCCCCAGCUUCCAAAACUGGUUCCCGUUGCUGUUCCAUGCCGUUCAUACCAGAUGAUCUUUGGCAUGGAGGGAUAUCACGGGAGCAGUUUGCCAUGCACCAGGAGUCGACAACUACAACAAACCCUCAACAUUCCUACUUUCAGUUGUAUUGUCCACUAGUCCAACUAUUAAACUACGUCCUGGAUAAUUAUGCCGAGCGCAACAGAAACUGGGAACUGGCUAUUGAAUUGGCCAAGGAUUUCUUUUUCGAUUUUCCACCACAGUUGCUGAACUUCAAUGCUUUGAGUCUCCUCUACCAGGCCGAGUCAAUGAUAUGGCUGCAUGGAAUAUUCCUAAUACUCUAUGGCGACAUGGAUCUACUUAACCUUCUUCUUGAUCCACAAUUCCUGCAACACACCGAAUUUGCUGAUUUAUUGGAUCAUUCACUUCUUAUCGCUGAGGUCCUACCUCAUUUAAUACGGCUCGACCCCUAUCUGACAUGUCUGUCGCCCGCUUCUGUCUAUUUCGUUGUUCUUUCCUCUGUUAUCCAGUGUCUGGCUCUUCGUCAAUACAUUUCUUUGGCCGAUGGUCUGGAGAAUCCCGCUAUUGUUGUACCCGAAAAAUUGGACAAUUCUUCCCGUAUCCACUUAAAAGUCCUUUCUCUACUCCAUGAGAAUGUGGGACGAUGGGAACACCCUGUCGUGUCGGAGAUAUAUCGUUUGCUUCUCUAUUGCACUUCUCAAGCACUUGAUCGAUCUUCUACCAACCACAGCAAAAUAUCUGCUCUUGUUUUGAUGCAAUACAGAUGGUGCGGGCAUGGUACUGGCAUCCUCGCCUUGAGCAAUACUGCUGCACUUUCAGAGUGGACAUUCCCAGUCCCGCCUGACGAGGAAAUUUGGUCAUGGAAUGGUGAACUGGAAGUGACUCUGUAUGCUGUAGUUACAAGGCUUUGUGAUCCCACCAUGCGAAUGUGCCAACCUGGAUAUUUUGAUCUGUCCCUAUGUGACCAGAAGCUACCGACCAGAAACAACGACAACUCAGAUAUAAGACGGCUGGUCCUUAACGGCCAGAAAAACCAGGCCAUCCGCUUCCUUAUACGGCGAUGCCAUCGCUCGUUCGUCGCCAUCGGACAAUCCGGCUGCCCAUUGCUGGACGAGAUUCUACCUCUUGCAAGCACAUUUUCAAGCAUUCUGACCGCGCUUCUAGCCCUCGCAGCCCGAUUGCAAACAGUUGUAGACUCUGCAAAUAUAGCAGUGAGAGCUGUUGACGACAAUCUAACCAUCUCAGACACAGAAUCGCCAUCCACAGACGCUUUGAAUUGGCAUCAGGUUACUAUUUCGGGUAUUCGAUCAAAACUGAUUCGUCUUCAAUCUGGAGGUACCCAAGAAGGUGAUUUAAAGGAAGUCUUAGCUGCGUCCCUAUUGCUUUCUAUGUUCGGAUUUCCACUGCAAGUCAAUAAUUGGUCCUUGCACGUUCAAGGAAUGAUCGCACUGAUCGAAUCUACCGAGCCGACUAUCAUUGAUUCUCUUUCCGUUGCUCGGUUCGUGCGUACUUGUGCCGCUUAUAAUGAUAUUUCGGCUUUCUCUCUCGGACGUCUGGAGGAUAGCCACCUGGCGUGGCUAAAGUGGAAUAUCUGCCCGGUCGGGGGAUCUGGCAAGGCUUAUCCCCAUUCUCAAACGCCCAGCUUUACCCCGUUUGAAGUCACAAUCGGGUACCCUGAAUCCCUCAUUACGAUUAUUGCUAUGAUGUCAGCCAUGUUCGAAGAAAAGCGGAUUUGUGCUCGAAUCAGCACAUCACUAUAUGGUCGCCUGAAACAUGCCUUUGACAACACUAUGGCGGAAUCACGGCUACCAGUUUUCAAUGACCCCGCUGUCAACAACACACUAAACGGCCUUUCUUGUGUCACGAUGAUAGAAGUGCUUCUCGAAUCAUGGAUUCCUCCAGGCGCAGUUAAUAAUCUUUCACCUCACCUUGCUACUUCAGUAUUGACCGCCUGGGAAUGUAUUCGGAAAGCUGCUUUGAUUUACUUGUGGCGUGGAGGCUUCGAAGCGAACCCGAUGAUAGCACUCACUUCAACCCGCAGCGAGAUCUCUGAAUCGUACAUUCGACUAUUAACCUACAGCAUUGGCAGCCUAGUUGAUCAUGCUGAAUCGGAAGGUCUCACGAUAGCCAACGCCAUGCUCUGGAGCCUGGUUGUUGUGGGAAAUGAGUGCUGCAUGCAGCCGAUGCUGCGUCAGGAAGUUCUGCGAUUGCUGGACCGAGCGCAAAAACAUUUCUCAAUAGCUCAUUUCGACCAUGUAUCUCGUCUCUUACAGGAGCUGUGGAUUCGGGCUGAUAAUCCUGUCUCGGAGGCUUCUCCCGGAAUGCAGGGCAUGCUGAAUCUACAGGGACUGAGCCGACAAUUUGAUCUCUGUAUACCCCUAUUUUGA